AUGGCUGGUGCUACAUGGAAGGGUGAAGUGGUAAGGGUUCAGCAAGACAGCAGUCUACCCAUUGCCAGCAGAUGCAACCGCAUUCUGGAGAUCCUGAAGCAGAAUGGCCUAUGCUACAGACAAUGCAUUGAGCCAAAGAUGAUUCUGGUGCAUGUGAAGAACAGAGGUGGGCAACUAGUGUCUGUGUCUGAUGUGCACAGCAAAGGUGCUGUGAUGGCUCAGAUUGGUUUCUCCAUGGCCAAAAUUGGAGAAUCAAUUUGUUUUGAAUUGCAAUCUGCUAUGGCAAACAAAGACCAAGUGAUAGAGACCAACAGGUCUUUGGCCCAGCUGUCCCAGAACCAGCUGUGUGAGCCACUUGGUUGUGAAAGGUUUGCCUCAGUGUCCAGCAGCCACUUGGUGACUUUCCUGAGGGCAGUGCAGGCUGGCUGCAAGACUACAGAGCCUGAGAUCAGCACUGGUGGCUACCUGUCACUGGACUCAAUGUGCCAGAAGAAGGAUGACUUGAAGGAGAUGGUCAUUACUGGAUGGGAAUGCCAGGUGAUUGACAGCCAGGUUGAGUCUGCUUGCCCUGAACUUCCACAAUUCCUGGCCCAAGCACUGAACUCUGACCAUGCUGUUAAAACAACAGCCAAUGAGUUGGAAACUGCUUGCAACAUUGCAAGCAUCUAUGAGUUGCAGGCCACCACCUCCAAGGACCACCUCAAGAAGGCCCAGGAAGCAGCGAUGGCUUCUAGACCAGCCUGUGCCAAUUACAUUGCUGCCAUCACUGCCUUUGUGAAGCAGUUCACUGGUGGUGAUGCGUUUCCUUUGCUGAAGCUACUCCAUUGGCUGCUGACCUCUGCAGAUUUUUCCAAGCUGAAGCAGAAAGGAAUGGCUGUGCAAUUGGCAGCUGCUGAGAAGCUUCUGAAUGAAGCUUGGGCUUUGUGUGGUCAAAGUUCACUUACCUUGGACCAGCAAGCUCAGCCCAUGGGCGGAUACUUGACCAGGUUGGCUUUGUUCCUGGUUGGCAAAGGUUCUAAAGGCCCUGAAGGAAAGAAUUACAAGCAGUUUGAAGACAUCGCAGAUCUCUUCACUCAAGAGCUGAUGAACAUGAAGGCACAUGGCUCCAUGGACUUGGCAGAGCAGUUGCCAUCCAGCAGUGCCAGUGUAGACAAAGCAGUGCAGCCAACUGCUUUGGAGGCUAAUUCAGACCCUGCCCUCAUUGCAUUGGCGCAUUUCAAGAAUUUGGAAGUGGGAAAGCACUACACCUUUGCCACAGAUCCUCUGAAGGUGUACAAAUUCGAAAGCAUUGGUGCCACCACAGCUGUGCUUCUACACAAACCAUUUUUUGGUGCCUUUGAGAAAUUAGAAGUGGAACACAAGGACUUGAAAGGCUUGAGGGCUUGGGAAAAGUCAGUUCCCAGUUUGCAGCCAGCUGCCACCCUGACUGCCUUGCAGCCCAGUGUUUGCUUGAUGGCUGAGUUUGGAAGGGCCAAAGCCCAACAUUGGCUCUACCAGAAGUACCAUGAGCUGGGUGACUUCAAUGCCGUGGUGUCCACUACUUCCCAGCUCUUUGCCAACUCCAAGUUCAACAAAAACGAUUUGGUGUUGCUUCCACUUGGCCAGGUGGUUUUACAGAAAAAGGAAAACAUCAACAAGAGUUCUGUUGUGCUUCAGAUGGCUGGCUGGAAAUUUGAAGAAGUUUUGGUGGUGACACAUACCAAGUGCAACUUUGAGAAGAAGAGUGGCCACUGGUGUCCAUUCUAUUGGUGCAAAGAGGCCGAAGAUGACAAGGACAAAGAUGAUGCUACCUGUGAGAAAGCCACCUUGACCAGAGCGACUGUGAAGCACCAUGAGCUGACCAUUCCUUGCCUGAAGAACAAGGUGGCCCUGCAGAUUGGAUCCCCAUUGCUGGUUGAGGUUCAAGAGGAAAGCAAGAAGAAGAAGAAGAAAUCCAGAGACUGA